CCACAGGGGCUCCAGGUGGCUGUCUCAGGAUUAGAUACCCUGGUGGGAAUGGGGCUUCCGGCCCCAAUAUCAAUGUUUAACCGGAUGUGCAGGUCAAUAUUUACCAGAAGAGAAAGCAAUCUGAACAGGGGUUGGCUGAGAGCAAAGGUCCUGGUGGGAGGGGAGGGCUCAGCUGGGCUGGCUGGAGCCUGAGCAAAGUGUGGGGAGUACCCAAGUGGGGCCAGAGGGACACUGUGUGCAGCAGCGAGGAGCCUGCAGAGUCCGGCUUCCCGGAGCCGACCUGGACAGAGUGGGGGGCAAGGCCUGUGUUUCCCGUAAGUCCAAAGGUGGCUCCAUCCAGAGCCAUUCACUGGGCUCCGUGGCUGGGUCAACAACGCGGCUCUCCAGCCCACCCCACCAACCCUGCUGAGACUUCAGAGACUCACAGGCCUGUCCACCCUUGUGGUCAAGACCAGACCAGCCAGAAAAGGAACAUGGUGCUGCUCCGGGGGCUCCUGGUGCUCAGCUUGUCCUGCCUGCAGGGUCCCGGCUUGCUGUUGUCUCCUGCCAGCGCCAUGGAGCCCUUGGACCAGCAGCUCAGGAGCGGGCAGACCCAGGAGAAGCUGCCGCCGCUUACCCUCCUCAAGUUGGGCAACCAGGAGGCCCGUGGCCAUACUGUCCUGAAGAAGUCCCCAAGAGACUGCAAGGGGGCCCCAACCCCGGAGCAGACCCGCAGGUUGGCCCAGGCUAUGAUGGCCUUCACCACAGACCUGUUCUCCCUGGUGGCCCAAAGGUCCACCAGCCCCAACCUCAUCCUGUCGCCUCUGAGCGUGGCCCUGGCACUGUCUCACCUGGCACUAGGUGCUCAGAACCAGACGCUGCGGAGGUUAGAGCAGGUGCUGCAUGCAGACUCAGGGCUCUGCCUGCCCCACCUGCUGAGCCGCCUCUGCCAGGACCUGGGCCCUGGGGCAUUCCGAUUGGCUGCCAGAAUGUACCUGCAGAAAGGAUUUCCCAUCAAAGAGGACUUCCUGGAACAAUCAGAACAGCUCUUUGGUGCAAAGCCCAUGAGCCUGACGGGAAGGAAAGGGGAUGAUCUGCUGAACAUCAACCAGUGGGUGAAGGAGGCUACAGAAGGGAAGAUUGAGGAUUUCCUCUCCGAGCUGCCAGAUGACACAGUGUUGCUUCUGCUCAAUGCCAUCCACUUCCAGGGUUUCUGGAGGAGCAAGUUUGAUCCAAGCCUCACCCAGCGAGACAGUUUCCACCUGAAUGAGCAGUUCACGGUGCCAGUGGACAUGAUGCACGCCCGCACGUACCCCCUGCGCUGGUUCCUGCUGGAGCAGCCUGAGAUACAGGUGGCUCAUUUCCCCUUCAAUAACAACAUGAGCUUUGUGGUCAUGAUGCCCACCCACUUUGAGUGGAAUGUGUCCCGGGUGCUGGCCAACGUGAGCUGGGACAUCCUGCACCAGCCCUCGCUUCGAGAGAAACCCACCAAGGUCCGGCUGCCCAGGCUGCAUCUCAACUACCAGUUGGACCUGGUGGCCACCCUCAGCCGGCUGGGCCUGCAGGAACUGUUCCAGGCCCCAGACCUGCGUGGGAUCUCUGACCAGAGCCUGGUGGUCUCCAGCGUGCAGCAUCAGUCCACACUGGAGCUCAGUGAGGCCGGUGUGGAGGCGGCUGGUGCGACCGGCACGGCCAUGUCCCGCAUGUCCCUCUCCUCCUUCAGCGUGAACCGCCCCUUUCUCUUCUUCAUCCUCGAGGACACAACAAGCCUGCCCCUCUUCGUGGGCAGCGUGAGGAACCCUAACCCCAGUGCGCAGUGGGAGCGCAAGGCGCAGCAGGAUUCCCCGGCUGACAGGGGCUCCUUCCAGAACCUGAAAGCCUUCCCCCGUGGAGACAAGCCCUUCGGCCCUGACUUGAAACUCGCGCCCCCCUCAGAGGAGGAUUACCCCCAACUUAAUAGCCCCAAGUGAGAGGCCAGCGGCCAGCAUCCCGAGUCCCUGCCUGCAACAACCUCUCCACUCCUGGGACUCUUUCCAGAUGGCUUUGUGGGAUUAGGGCCGGGGCCUGGGUGGGCAGUCUGGGAGCGAGAGGGAGCCAUCCUCUCCCGUCCCCUCUCCGGGGGAGCUUGGGGUGCGUGGGGCCGGGACGAGGGCGGGCCUUGGGGAACCAUGGGCCUUGAUCCCACAUCAUUUCUUGCCAAGAGGCUCGGAGGCCGUCCUUGUUUGGGGCUUGGGCAGAGGGGCAGC